AUGAGUCAACUCAGCACCGAUUCAUUCUUACUAUUGACUGGUACUCCUUUUCAAAAUAAUUUGAAAGAAUUUUAUUCACUGAUAACAUUCCUAAAGAAAGACUCUGGGUUUGGAUCUUUUAAAGAAUUUAGACAUAUUUGUCAGGAGGACGAAACCAGAUUUGGGAAAAUAAUGAGAAAUAUCAUGCUAAGGAGAACUAAGGAAUCAGUUCUGGCUGGUGUUAUCAAACCAAAGGAGGAAUAUUUUUUGGUUUUGGAACCAACACCACUUCAAAUUGAAACAUUUGAAGAUGUGAGAAAUAGAUACGAAAAGGAUGAUGCUCUGGCAUUUGUUUCAGAUUCUAUCAAGGUUGCCAAUCAUCCAUUUAUUUAUCUGUUGGAUCAAUUUUCUGUUGCUCCAACCAGCACAUUGACUGAAGAGGAUUCAGUCAAUAACCCUAUUUAUUCUACAAGAUAUUACAAGAAAUUCCUUUCUACUAUUUCUUGUAGAGAACAUUUAAUUUCAAAAAUUAUCAACUCUAGUAGCAAAUUAAUAGUUUUGGAUUAUUUAUUGGAAAAACACUAUGGAGAAGGUAAUAAGGUUGUAAUAUUCAGUCAAUAUACUACAACUUUGGACUUUCUUGAGUAUUAUUUAAUGUUAAAAGAAUACAAAUAUCAAAGAUUUGAUGGAAGUAAUACUAAGAGUGAAAGAACAGAGGCUGUGGAGUCAUUUCAACAUGAAAAUUCACAAGACUUUGUAUUCCUUCUGAGUACAAAAGCUGGAGGGGUUGGGUUAAACUUGAUCUCGGCCAAUGUUGUCAUUGAAUAUGACAUUACAUGGAAUCCACAUGCAGACGAGCAAGCAACCAAUCGUUGCCAUAGAAUUGGACAAACCAAAACAGUCUAUGUCUACAAAUUUUUAAUUCAAAAGUCUAUUGAGGACUUGGUGCUAAAAUAUACACAGGAAAAACUUGCCAUGUCUACCAGGGUGAAUUCAAAUGUUAAUCAAAAUUCAAUUGACUAUGAUUAUUAUAACAUGAACAUUAUGAGCAAAUUGAAACAAAAAGAGCUAAAAUCAAUUUUACAAAAGAAGAAGCAUAAGGAUUAUUACUCUGUUUCAACAUUAAUCAAACAGUCCUGGACUGAAUACGACUAUAAGAAUAAUUUUAUAGAUUUGAAUAUUCAUAAUGUUUUUGAAUGGUAUUCCAAUCAUGAUAUUGAAAUGUUGAUAGAUGUUUUCAGAAACUAUCCUAAUGAAAAUUAUAUUCUCAAUGAUUUGAAAAACAGGGAUUGGAAUAUGUUAAAAGCAACAUAUAAGAAUCAGUUCCUAUUUGAAAAGUUGAGCGAGCUUUGCAAUUUAAUUAACGAAAGUACUGGUGAGCAAUGCUCAUUUUAUACAUUCACUUUAAAUGUUCAAGAUUUCAAAGUGAGAGAAUUUGAUUUGCUGUUAACAAUAUCCAAGUACUAUUCAGAUGAUCAAUUCAAAAAGAUACUCGAUGAAGGAUGUGAUAAGCAUGCAGACUUUUUGAAUUCUCUCAAACCACUCUACACAAUCGAUGAUAUUGAAUUGCGAUACCAAGAUGAUUUGAGAAAUAUUGUUCAAGACGUUAAGGAAUUAGUUCAAGAUGAAGAUAUUGGAGAAGAUGAUUAUCUCACCAAGUUGACCAAAUCACUUAGAGAACUAAAUACCACCAUUCUUGAACUAUUUAAUACUCCAUACCACCAACAACAAAUAUGGGACCAUAUUCAAAAUCAACUAGGAAUUGACAAUUUACGUGAAACAUGUUCAAAGCUGCAGAUCUUUCUAAUUGAAAAGGAAGAAAAGAGGAAACAGGAAGCUCAAAAGAAAUUAGAAAAGGCAUCCUCCUCCUCUAAACAAUCCACCAAAUCAACUUCUACAAAAACUAACAACAGUUCCUCAAAAAAGAAGGUAGUUUCGAGUGGAGGUUCAUCUCUUUUCAAAAACAAACGUCGAUAG